ACCAACAAUCAUAGAUUAGUCAUUGAGGGUUGCAGUUUCCAGAGAACACACAGUCGGAGCAGGUGGAUGAAGUGAAUAGUGGAUGUAUCAGAAAAAUAAUUAAAGAAAUAGGUGUCAACAUCACUAAAGUUUGGAAAUCAAAGAGAUGAGACUGCAGGCUACACUGUGCGUCUUGCUGCAGCUCAUUUUUGAGCUUUCAUCAUGCACACAACUCUGGGUGAUACAUGGUUCCACUCUGGAGCUGCCAUGUGUCAUUUUUCAAUCUGACAUCAGUGGAGCCAACAUCACCUGGAAAUUUAAAGGUAAAGAUGUUAGCCCAGAGGCGACUGGUCCUGUUAGGGUUAAAAAGAAUGGCCUGUAUCUGUCUAUAUCCCCCGUGACCUCUGCCAACGAGGGCGAGUACGUUUGUCUGGUGAAGGAGAACAAUGUGGAGAUGAUCAACUUUUUCAAAAUCGCUGUUGCUGCCUCAUUUGACUAUACCCUUAAGGUAUUUGAAGGCUCACCUGUUCACCUGCCGUGUCAUUUCCCACCCAGCAGCCAAGUCUCUGCCAAUGCGCUCUGGUUCAAAGAGACGGAUGCUGGGAAGAAAAUGAGUCUGAAUCUCCAAGACGAUUCAGACUAUGAUGAUCAGAGACUGAAGCUGCUUUAUCCACUUGACCACGAUCAAACCGUCCUGAUCAGAGGCACUGUCAUGGAGGAUGCUGGCAUUUACCACUGUGAAUCUACAGAGGGGCAGAAGCUCAGUACCAUAUACAUUAUUGUUGAAGUUGCUCCUACCCCUGUUCCAUUCUUGUGCAAGGACUCCAGCACAGCAUGGGAGCCGUGUCAGGAGGAGAUCAGUCGUACAGGAGAGCCCAUGUUGCAGGAGUCCCUGGCAGAGUUUUCCAUGAAGCUCUAUUCUUACCUCAGACAGACGUAUCCUUCCAGCAACUUGCUCUUUUCUCCGAUCAGCAUUAGCGGGAUGCUCUCCCAUCUGUUGCUUGGUGCAAAGGAUGACACCCGCAGAGCGAUUGAGAGGGCAGUGUGUGUCCCUCACGACUUCCACUGUCUUCACUUCCACACGAAGAAGUUGAGAGAGAAGUUGUCCGGCUCCUUGCAAAUGGCCUCUCAGAUCUACUAUAACCCACAAAUGAACCUGGGUGAGUCCUUCACCAACCAGUCCAUUCAGUUCUAUGAAGCGAAGCCCACCAGACUGCUGAACACCAGCGAGGAAAACACACAGAUGAUCAACAGCUGGGUGGCAAAUAAAACCAACAAUAAAAUCACACAGUUAGUUGAUUCCAUUCCUCCCAGUACACAGCUGCUCCUCCUCAACGCUGUCUCCUAUAGUGGUCAGUGGAAGGUCAAGUUUGAUGAAAAAAAAGGUCUUUUCACAAAACUGAAUGGUGACCUGGUGAAGGUGCCUGUCCUCUAUAAUAAGGGAUACACGAUGACGAUGAUGUAUGUGUUGGGGCUGAAGUCACAGGUGGGGAGGUUUGCUCUCUCAGGUGACAGCAGCCUUUACAUCCUGCUGCCUCGCUCCAACAAAGUGAGCGACCUGCAGCAGCUGGAGGAAAAGAUGACAGACACGGCCGUGCGCCAAAUGAUGGAAGAGAUGAAAGCAACAUCUCCUCAGAAGGUGGAGGUUUCUCUGCCCAAGAUCAAGCUGGAUGUCCAGCCAGACAUGAACGUACUUAUCAAGAAACUAGGUCUGUCAUCACUCUUUGAGGAGGCCAACCUGUGCGGCCUGUACUCUGAGGACAGGGUGGUUCUGGACGACGUCAGACACAGGGCCUUCCUCGCGCUGACCGAACAGGGGGUGGAGGCUGGAGCGGUCACUACUAUAGCGUUCGCUCGCACCCACCCUUCCUUCUCCGCCAUGCGGCCCUUCAUCAUGCUGCUGUGGAGCGACCGGGCCGAGGUGCCACUCUUUAUUGGUAGAGUGACUGACCCGUGAGCAAGAGAGAGGGGUUGGUAGCAGGAAAGAAACUACACGAUGAAGAAAUGCUGAAUGAUGCAUUUGAAAUAAAAGUAAUUUCAUUGUU